GAGAGAAAAAAAAAAAGGGAACACGUCAAUACAGUUUUUAAUGUUCCGAUCAUAUACGUAAAACUUUAUUAUGGUAUCAGAGCAGUGAUUAACGAUCCUGCGAUUACCGAUCUAGCAUACGACGAUGGCCAACGACUUGAUCCCUAUGAACAAAAACGAAGACCGAACGAACCCAGAUGGCGGACGCGACAAGGCUGUUGCAGACGUCAUGAUAGGUGAACCAUCCGAUGCAAACUCUAGUGACCAGUCCAACAAGCUGCUAGGGUUCUCGGAUGAGCAGAUGAAAAUACUCAUGCAAUUUGUUGAAAACAGAUCUAUCUUCGAAAACGCCGAUUGGAGUGGCUAAACGGAACAGAGGAGUCUAUUAUUUUCACUGUCUGGAUGGGAUACAAGCUCAUGCAAUCAAGACCGCUCAAUCAGGUGAUCUAUGGCACUCGAGAUUAGGACAUCCAUCCAAGACGGUGUUACGUUUGAUUAAUAAUUUGAAUAACUCACAGGUUGAGGUUGAUCAGAAUAAUGUUUGUGAUGCAUGCUUGCGUGGGAAACAAACUCGUGAUUCAUUUAGUAAUAAUUUAACUAGAGCUGUUGAACCAUUUGAGUUGAUUCAUUGUGAUAUUUGGGGCCCGUAUAGAACUCAAGCAACAUGUGGUGCACGUUAUUUUUUGACUAUAGUAGACGAUUACUCGCGGGCAGUAUGGGUGCAUUUAAUUUGUGAUAAGGGCGAAGUGCGAAAUGUUUUGAAAUAUUUUCUUGCUAUGACCCGAAGACAAUUUGAUAAACAAGUCAAGAUUGUAAGAAGUGACAAUGGGCUGGAAUUUCAUAGUUUGAAAGAAUAUUUUUUGGAGCAGGGCAUAAUUUUUCAAACCUCUUGUGUGUAUACCCCUCAACAAAAUGGAAGGGUAGAAAGGAAACAUAGGCAUAUACUUGAUAUGGCACGUACUCUACGGUUUCAUGCAAACUUGCCAAUAACUUUUUGGGGUGAAUGCAUUUUAACGGCUGGUUAUCUCAUAAAUCGAUUGCCUUCCCCGAUUUCGGAUAACAAAAGCCCCUAUGAAUUAUUGUAUCACAAAGUGCCUAGUUAUGACCGAUUGAGAGUUUUUGGAUGUUUGUGCUAUGCACAUAACAAAGACCGGAAUGGUGACAAAUUUGCCUCUCGAGGUGUUAAGUGUGUAUUUUUGGGGUAUGCAUACUCUCAAAAGGGGUGGAAGGUAUUUGAUUUGGAAAAUCAACGUCAUUUUAUUUCGCGUGACGUUCGUUUUUUUGAAUCAAAUUUUCCAUUCAAACAACUUGCGAAGGAAAGUCAUGCACCUACUGGAGGGCAGGAUGAUGAUCCACGAACUGAUGAUGCAGCCACCUGGCUGCGGUGGAUCCAUUCAGAUGAUCUAGCAGAAUUCACGAAUGACUCAAGUCGGUUGCCUAAUGAUGGCAGUAAAGCAAUCUCACAUGCAGAUGGCAGUAAUGAAUCCACACAUGCGGAUGGCAGUAAUGAAUCCUCACAUGGAGACUCUCACGUGGAAGGGGAGUCCACGUCACAUGCAACUGGGGAUUCCACUUUGACCAGCUCCAGCAUUCCAGUUACUUCAAUACAAGGGAAACGUCCGCGAAAACCACCCAUUUGGCAUCAGGACUAUGACGUGCAGCUUAACACAGUGAAAAUAAAUUCUCCUUCCAACGUUUGCACUACUCCUAAGGCCAACUCAGCCCUUUCAGCUUCCAAGGAACCCACUUCUUAUCAUGAAGCAGUACGCGACCCGAAUUGGCGUGAAGCAAUGCAACGUGAAAUAAAAGCACUAGAGCAAACUGGUACAUGGAGGGUUCAGCCUUUACCACCGGGUAAGAAAGCCAUUUUUUGCAAAUGGGUUUUCAAAAUAAAAUAUAAAACUGAUGGAACCAUAGCUCGGUACAAGGCGAGACUGGUUGUUUGUGGUAAUAGACAGGUUCAUGGGAUUGAUUAUUCUGAGACGUUUGCCCCUGUGGCCAAAAUGGUGACGGUACGUACCAUUAUGGCAGUCGCUGCAGUUAGACAUUGGGAGAUUCAUCAGAUGGACGUAGACAAUGCAUUCUUGCAUGGCGAUUUCGUGAGGAGGUGUACAUGCAUUUACCUCCCGGCUACACUACAUCGAUCCCUGGACAGGUUUGUCGUCUUUUAAAAUCUUUGUACGGACUGCGACAAGCACCGCGGUGCUGGUUUUCCAAAUUGACUGGGAUCUUGCGUCGUUACGGAUUUUCUCAAUCUCAGGCAGAUUACUCAUUGUUUACCUUAAAGCGUGGAUCUCAUAUUUUAUGUAUUUUAAUUUAUGUUGAUGAUCUGCUUAUUACCGGAAAUAAUCAUGCCAUGAUUAUUGAAUUUAAGAAGUUUUUGGCUAAUUCCUUUCCUGUCAAAGAUUUGGGGCGCAUGAAGUAUUUUUUGGGGAUUGAGGUGGCAAGAAAUUCUUCAGGUAUUUUUCUCUGUCAACGCAAAUAUAUGUUGGAUAUUCUUGCUGAAACUGGACUUCUUGGGGCCAAGCCAGUGUCGUUCCUAUGAUACAAAAUCAUAGUCUACAAUCGGACCAAGGAACCUUUUUCCAUGACCCGGAACGCUAUCGUCGCUUGGUUGGUAAACUGAUUUAUCUGACACUUACACGACCAGAUAUCAGUUAUUCUGUUCAUAUAUUAUCUCAGUUUAUGCAACAACCGAGACAAGCACACUGGGAUGCCGUCGUACGGGUGCUGCGCUAUCUUAAGGGUCAUCCCGGUCAAGGCAUUCUACUUCGAUCUGAUUCUUCUCUUACCUUGAAUGGUUUUUGUGAUUCUGAUUGGGCCAGUUGCCCCAUUACUCGGAGGUCGGUUACCGGCUAUUUUGUUCAGUUGGGGAGUUCUCCUAUUUCUUGGCGUACCAAAAAGCAGGUUACUGUUUCACGCUCAUCCGCGGAGGCAGAAUAUCGUUCCAUGGCCACUCUCACUUGUGAGUUAAUUUGGCUCAAAAAUCUGUUGCAAUGUCUUGACGUACGACUGAACUCUCCGAUUCCUAUUUAUUGUGACAACAAUGCCGCCAUUCAUAUAGCCUCCAAUCCGGUCUUCCAUGAACGUACUAAACAUAUCGAGCUGGAUUGUCAUUUUAUUCGUGAUCAUGUUCAAGCAGGCACCGUUAUUCCUUUGCAUAAAUCCACUACGGAACAGCUCGCGGAUCUCUUUACCAAAGCCUUGGGUUCACACCAAUUUUCUUAUUUACUUACCAAGAUGGGCAUUCUUGAUCCCCAUGCUCCAUCUUGAGGGGGGAUUGGUUAUUUAUUGACCGAGUAUAUACAUGCAUGCGUGGGAGGCUACACCGGCAUAGACUUCUAUUUUGUAUAUAUAAUUGUUAAUUUAAGUGUACAUUAGUUGUUAGUCUUUAUCUUUUCCGAUUCUCACGUAGACUAGCUCCAGAUCAGUUAGAAACCAUGUAUUUUAUAUUCUUGAUGUACAGCAGCAUGCGAGAAAAAAAAAAAAAAAAGGGAACACGUCAAUACAGUUUUUAAUGUUCCGAUCAUAUA